AUGGCAUCAACAAGAUCAAAUGCUAGAUUAAUUCGAUUUGGAAUAUUUGCAUUAGUAUUAAUUGGUUGUGGUUAUAUAUUAACAAGGGGUUCUAACUUCCAACCACCAAAUUAUUCCCAAACUCAAGGAUCUAAUUCUCAACAACAACAGCAGAAAGGAGGAUCUACUCCACAACAAGCUGUAGGUCAAGUACCUGCUGCUGGUGCCAAUAAUCAAGGAUCAAUUGAUUCUACUUCAAAUUAUCAAUCAAAAGAUAUUGGACCAAUUCCAAAAGCAUUUAUGGGACAAGGAGGAAGUGAACCAAAAAUUAUACCACAAAAAAAUAUUGAUCCAUCAACUUAUGAUCCAACAAAAGAUAAAAUUAAAGCAACUUUUGUAUCAUUAGCAAGAAAUUCAGAUUUAUGGUCAUUAGCUGAAUCAAUUAGACAAGUCGAAGAUAGAUUUAAUAGAAAAUUUCAUUAUGAUUGGGUAUUUUUAAAUGAAGAAGAAUUUAAUGAUGAAUUUAAACAAACUGUUUCUUCAAUGGUUAGUGGUACAGCAAAAUUUGGUUUAAUACCAAAAGAACAUUGGUCAUAUCCAAGUUGGAUUGAUCAAGAAAAAGCUGCAUUAGUAAGAGAAGAUAUGACUCAAAGAAAAAUUAUUUAUGGACAUUCUGAAAGUUAUAGACAUAUGUGUAGAUUUGAAUCUGGAUUUUUUUGGAGACAAGAAAUUUUAAAAGAUUAUGAAUAUUAUUGGAGAGUUGAACCAGAUAUUAAAAUAUUUUGUGAUAUUGAUUAUGAUAUUUUUAAAUGGAUGAAAGAUAAUGGUAAAGAAUAUAGUUUUACUAUAUCAUUACCUGAAUAUAAAGAAACUAUUCCAACUUUAUGGGAUACAACAAAAGAAUUUAUUGAUAAAAAUCCUCAAUAUUUAGCAGAAAAUAAUUUAUUAGAUUGGUUAAGUGAUGAUAAAGGUAAAACUUAUAAUGGUUGUCAUUUUUGGUCAAAUUUUGAAAUUGCUUCAUUAAAUUUUUGGAGAUCUGAUGCUUAUAGAUCAUAUUUUGAACAUUUAGAUAAAGCAGGAGGAUUUUUUUAUGAAAGAUGGGGUGAUGCACCAGUUCAUUCAAUUGGUGCAGCUUUAUUUUUACCAAGAGAAAAAAUUCAUUUUUUUGAAGAUGUUGGAUAUUUUCAUGUUCCUUUUAAUAAUUGUCCUGUUGAUCCAAUUAUAAGAAAAGAAAGAAAUUGUAAUUGUGAUCCAAAUAAAGAUUUUAGUUGGAGAGGUUAUUCUUGUACUACUAAAUAUUAUACUAUUAAUAAUUUUAAACGUCCAAAAGGAUGGGAAAAAUAUACAGCUUAA